AUGACCAGCAGCAGAGAUCGCCGCGUCGCCAAGGAGCUCGCCGAUAUCCAGGCCGACAAGGACUCCUCCGGCGUCUUUGCUGCUCCCGCCGACGGUGUCUCCCUGCGCUCUCUCGUCGGCAUCUUCCCCGCGCCUCCCGACACGCCCUACGCCGGCGGCACCUACGAAGUCGAUGUCGAGAUCCCCGAUAGCUACCCGUUCAAGCCGCCAAAGAUGCGCCUUAAGACCAAAAUUUGGCAUCCCAACGUCUCUUCUCAAACCGGCGCCAUCUGUCUCGAUACCCUGACCACCGGAUGGUCUCCCGUGCAGACCAUCAAGACCGCUCUACUCUCCGUUCGCAUGCUCCUCGAGUUUCCCAACUCUAAGGAUCCACAGGACGCAGAGGUUGCCAAGAUGAUGAACGAGCAACCCGACCGCUUCGCCCUCGUCGCCCACGAAUGGGCCGUCAAGUACGCCGGGGCUCCUCGUCGCCAGCUCGACUUGAGUCAGUAUGCUGCUGCCGCGAGCGCCGCCGCCGCGCCGCCCAAAGACGAAGCCGCGAGAUAUGACGGGUACAACAAGAACAUGGUUGACAAGUUUACCGGUAUGGGCUUCGACGUCGAAGCUGUCGUCGACGCCUUUCGCUUCGUCGGCAUCGAUAGAAAUCAAGGCCAGUACUAUGAGCUCGAGGAGGCCUACAUGGGCGACAUCACUGCCCGACUGCUCGGCGAGCAAUAG